AUGAAUAAUUUAGCAAAUAUUUAUCUUAAAUAUGAUCGAAGUGUGGAAGCCGAACAACUCCUGCUUAAAGCCAUCGAAAUAAAGCCAAAUUUUGCUGCUGCAUGGAUGAAUCUUGGACUUGCGCAAUUAGCACAAAAACGAUAUAAAGAUGCAGAAAAUAGCUUCGUACAAGCACUCAGUUUGCGUUUUCCGUAUCCGGAUUGCUCAUAUAACAUGGGCUUACUGUAUUUGCAACAAAAUCAAAAAAGUCAUGCAAAAGAAAUUUGGCGAAAUAUUACCAGGGCAAAUCCUAGUCAUAAACAAGCUUGGUUGAAUUUAUUGAUAUUACUCGAUGAGACAAAUAAUUGUGCAGAAGCAAUUAGCUUGUCUGAUAAGGUACUUCGAUAUCAUAGCAAUGAUGCAUCAGUUCUUUCUCAGCUUGGUACCUGUUACGGUAAACUUGGAGAGUACGGUAAUGCUGAAAAGUUUCUCCUAUCUGCGCUGGAACUCGAACCAACAACAGUAACUUACUGGAAAAAUAUCGGUUGA